UUGUGCGGAGACGGGGAACGAGGCUGUUCCAUAGUACAUGACGGACUUAAAGAGCUAGUUAAAGCACCUGCCAUGGCAGGAAUGGGCUACAGGAAUCUGUUACUGUUACUUUUAAUAGUGGAGUGUCUACUCCCACGAGCACAAACACAAUGGCUGAUUUUUGGGGAUCGGAACAAACCUAAAGAGACUACUCCAGCUAUGGCCUUAACAAUCUCUAGUGAAGACACAGACCCAGAAUUUGAAGAAGAUAGUGACGAUAUCCUACUAACCAGAGCUCUAUUGCCUGAGACCCCAGAACCUCCAGGUAUAUAUGAAGAGUUAGAAGAUCUCAAAUCCCAAAAAGAAAUUUCUACAAAACCGACGACUCAAGAUCAACCACAUGCAGCAAGAAAGACAACAGUCUCCUCCACACAACAUCCUGAAAGAAAAAAUAAACUUGAUGUUCCAGAUGAGGAAAUUGUCCACACCAUACGAACUUCACACAGACCUCCAGAUGUAAUACAUAUCAAAGAGACGACUCCGCUCACUUCUCAGAAACAGACUACCAGUCAGCUCCACUCAACAACAAAAAGACCUCACCAGGAUGACCUACUUAUAAGCGAGGAAACUGAGAGAGUGAAACCACCACAACCAGCAUCUACACCAGCUAUUAAAACUCCAGGAAACGGUAAAGAGGAAGAAUUUAGGACACACUGGAUAAAAGGGGAUCUAGGAUCUUUUGAGGACAAAGAGCUUGAUAUAUAUCAGGUCAUAGAUGGAGUGCUAGGGAUAACAAAGUCUCACUCAGAUCCAAACAAGUCCGAUAUUUCUGCCUGUGUAUGUCCCGUUGUAACUGGACCACCAGGGCCAAAGGGUGAAACAGGAGAAGUUGGUUCUCCAGGAGCUCCUGGACUUCCAGGUAGCCCAGGUCGCAUCGGGGAGAGGGGAUUAGAUGGACAACCUGGACUACCUGGUUCUGAAGGACCACCCGGCCCACCAGGGAUACCAGGGUACUCUGCAGCAGGGGCCUCCACUGCCCUUGAUGAAGACAAAAUGGUUUUUCCAGCAGUGGCUGGUCCUCCAGGGCCUAAAGGACAACGUGGAUCUAUUGGGUUUCCAGGCCCACCAGGAUUACAAGGACCUGAAGGGCCACAAGGUCCCCCAGGGACUCCAGGACUUCCAGGUCUUUCUGGACAUCCUGGAAAUUCUGGUCCAGAAGGACCACGAGGAGAAGUAGGUCCUGAGGGUCUACCAGGUCCAAGAGGUUUUCAAGGGGCACCUGGGCUACAAGGCUUUGAGGGCCAGAGGGGACCUGAAGGCCAAAGAGGACCAGAAGGACCACCAGGACCUCAGGGACCCUCAGGAAUAGAGGGAAUGCAGGGACUCCCUGGCUCAGUAGGGACCCCUGGCAUGAUCGGAUUACCAGGUUUGCCAGGAAUGGAUGGAUCUCAGGGUCCUCCAGGUCCCGAGGGUCCAGAAGGCGCUGCUGGAAUACAAGGUUUACCCGGGACAAAGGGAGAGAAAGGUGAUACGGGUAUGCUAGGACUACCGGGUUCCAUUGGCGCACCUGGUGAAAAGGGAGAAAGAGGUAUGCCAGGUCCACCGGGAUCCUCGGCUGACGCUAAGUGCUGCAAUGAAAACGGCAUUCCAUCACCUCCUGAACAAUAUGCAGGACUUCCAGGAUUAAAGGGAGAGAAGGGUGACCCAGGAGAGGGCUGUUCCAGUUGCCAUGAAGACAAUCGAAUAGUGAUCCCUGGUCCCUCAGGUCCUGUUGGGCCUCCUGGGCUACCUGGUUCCCCAGGGCUACCUGGACCCCCUGGACCUCCAGGAGAACGAAGUGUUUCUGAAACAAACAUCCCCACAGAGGACAGCAGAUCAGACGUAUAUGGCUCCCUGCUCUUUUCUGGUGUUCCUGGAAGUCCUGGAUUACCAGGCCCACCUGGGCCUCCUGGACCUCCUGGAGUGGUUUAUGUUAAUAGAGUAUACCCAGUUCCUCACCGGCCCCAUUGCAAGCACUCGGUACCCAAAACUGAAUCAGUGGAUCCAGGCUCUGUUCCAGUUUCUGAUGAAGGCCAGAAAUAUCUGAAGGUGGAGAGUGUCAUCUUCCAGACUAAAAAGGAGAUGAUUGAGGCAUGGGAAGAGGUAACAGAAGGCAGCUUGGCAUAUGUACGGGAGCAGAACGGUGCCUUCUUCAGGACUAAUGUAGGAUGGAGCAAAAUAGUGUUACAGGAUUCUGACUCCAAUCUCCCAGCAGAUGAGCCAUUUGAGCAUGGUGAAUUUACAGAUGAUGACCCUCCAAAUCUAGUUGACAUUGCACCAGUGUAUGAAGAGCCUCAGGAUCGAUUUGAGAUUGCAUCCGUCCCACCCAGUGUCAGUGCCAGAAUACCAUCUCUCCGUCUAGUGGCUCUCAAUGUCCCACUCUCUGGAGAUAUGAGUGGGAUUCGAGGAGCUGACCUGCAAUGUCAUCGACAAGCCCAAGAGAUUUCCCUCUAUGGAACAUUUAGAGCCAUCCUCACCUCUUCAACUCAAUUGCUUUCCUCCAUCGUGAAGAAGACAGACCGAGGCCUACCUAUUGUUAAUUUAAGGGGUGAAAUCCUUAUGAAGAACUGGAAUUCCCUUCUGGAUAUUAAGACCCCUGUAUCGUUUAAGCCAGGUGUUCCUAUUUACUCCUUCAAUGGAAGGGACAUCAUGAAUGACCCUCUCUGGUCUCACAAAGCAUUCUGGCACGGCUCCAGCCAAAGAGGUACUCCUGUUCGUAACAGAAACUGCAGAGAAUGGAGAAGUCACAGUAACGUGGAAGGCCUGGGUUCGGCCAUUACCGGGAGAUGGCUAAUGGAUCACGACUCCUACAGCUGCUCCCAAACACUUGCUGUCCUAUGUAUAGAAAUAGCUUUCCCUUACCAUUACAUGUGGUGAGCAUGAGAUAAAGACUCACAGAGGAGGGAAAACCUGCACAUCCAUUUCCUAAAAACCCUUUUCAUGCUUAGUGCUAAAACUCCUAGAUAUGUAUCUUAAGUCCCCCAAGUUUUGACUUUGUUAAAGAAUCGAGUUACAACAAUCGGUCUAGAACACCCUAUUAGUUCAAUAUCAACAAAAUGGCAUUAUAUUUCAUAUAUCUUCUUCUUCAAUAUUAUUAUAUGUUAUAUAUAUUGUAAUAUUCCAGGGAAUGGAAUUUAAGCUAGUAUUUUGUUUAAAAGUGUUAAAUAAUGUAUUUGUAUCGGUCACCAGUCCUUAUCUUAUUGUCUAUCAAUAGUUACUGAUGUUUUAUUUAAUAUAGCAAUUGCCUUGACCUCUUUCUACAGCCAUCCCACUCUGGUGCUAUAUUGGUUUAUAUACCUUUGUAUCCUCUGUACUUGAUUCGAUUACAUCUACAAAGGAGAGCUAGGAUGUUUACAAUGCUGUAACCGGAUAUCAAU